AUGUGCUCUGGUGUUCUUUCUGUAUGUUAUCUCCCUGUGAGAAGGUCAGGAAAACUCAUAUCCAGCAGCGGCCUCCUCAAAAUCCUAGCCCUAACUUGGCACGGCCUCGUCUUUCUCUUCCCCGUCCUCGACGCCCACCUGGAGCCCUGGUUUCUGCUCCCCGAGACAUCCGUCUUUCCGCAUUGGUCGACUCGCGGCGUGAUCCCUGUACCCUGUCACUCUCACAAUGACUACUGGCGCCGCAUACCGCUGCAAUCCGCUCUCGCCGCUGGUUGUAUCAGUGUCGAGGCCGAUGUCUGGCUGUCCGAUGAUGAACUGUUGGUCGGCCAUACACAGCACACGCUGAAGUCAGAGCAGACUUUGCGCAAGCUGUAUCUCGAGCCACUAACGCGGAUGCUCUACAAACAUAAUGCGAUGGCUGAAAACGUUACCCUGAGUACGAGUAAAGAUGACAUUGCGGGUGUGUUUGCCACGGAUCCUGCCCAGACCCUCUUUCUUCUGGUCGAUUUCAAAGACAAUGGCGAGAAGAUAUGGCCUCAUCUGGUAAAGCAGCUGGAGCCCCUGCGACAAGACGGGUUUCUUAGCCAUGUGAAUGGCUCAGACCUGAUUCGGCGGCCUGUCACCAUUGUCGUGACGGGCAAUGCACCAUUCAGCCACAUUUUGGAGAACACUCUGAGAGAUGUCUUCUAUGAUGCUCCCCUCGAUAAGUUGAGCACUGCACUGGAUUCUCCACCAAUUCAGUCGAAUGCCACUUCUCUCUCCAAAGCCGCCAUGGGGGGGCCUUACACCCCUCUCAACAGUUACUAUGCCUCGGCGGACUUCCGCAAAACAAUCGGCUCCGUCGCCCUCAAUCGUUUCUCACAAGGCCAGCUCGUUCGGCUCCGCAGGCAGGUGAAAGCAGCUCACGACCUCGGACUGAAGGUCCGGUACUGGGGCACGCCUAACUGGCCUCGUGGCCUGCGAAAUCACGUUUGGCAAGUCCUUGUACGGGAGGGCGUCGAUGUGGUCAGUACCGAUGACCUUAAGGAUGUUACAAGUCAGGAUUGGGGGGAGCAUCGUGGAUGGUGGGGUUGA